AUGGGGGGCCUUGGACCUUCCAACAGGAUCCUGUCUCUCCUGACUGUGGGUGACUGCAGCUGCUCCUCGGUGAGCCCCGGCAUGCUGGCGGGGAUUGUGCUGGGGGACCUGGUGCUGACCCUCCUCAUCGCCCUGGCUGUGUACUCCCUGGGUCGGCUGGUCCCUCGGGGGCGAGGGCCCGCGGAGGCAGUGACCCGGAAACAGCACAUCACUGAGACAGAGUCGCCUUAUCAGGAGCUCCAAGGCCAGAGGACAGAUGUCUACAGCAACCUCAACACACAGAGGCCAUAUUAA